UUUUGCACCACAACUCCAAGUCCCAUCUCUUUAAGAAACAAACAUUCCAAAUGCACUGGAUCAGAUCGAUCGUCUCAAAAUCAAAAUCAAAAUCAAAAUCAAAAUGGAAGAUGACAGGGACUGAAGAAAGGAAGGAAGGAAGGAAGGAAGGAAGGAAGGAAGGUAAUUGGAUAGCCUGCGCCGUUUUUAAUUAGGCAUCACCAUUGCUACAUGAAUGGGCCAUGAGCGACUCGCAUGCCGACUCCUGGGAAGAGAGAGCUCAGUCCCACUGGCGCUUCCGACUCUCCUCUCUCGUCUCCCCGGAGGCAGCGGCGGCCGACGCCUCCGACGCCAUCGGCGCAGUCGAGUUCGACCCCACCGGUCGACUCUUGGCCACCGCAGGCAUCGCUAGAAAGAUAAGGUUGUACGGUCUCGCUGCUCUGCUGCCUCCGGCCGACCAAUCCGAGCCGCACGCCGCUGUGUCUGAGCGCUCCGCCGCCUGCCGGCUCUGCAUCUGCGCGCCGGCCAAGCUCAGCAGCCUGCGGUGGCGCCCCGGGUCCGACGGCCGCGUCAUCGGGUCCGGCGACUACGACGGAGUGGUCACCGAGUACGACGUGGAGCGGAACGCGGUGGUGCUGGAGCGCGACGAGCACGGCGGCCGCCGCGUCUGGAGCGUGGACUACUCCGCCAGCGGCGACCUGGGCGCCUCCGGCUCCGACGACGGCACGGUGCAGCUGUGGGACCCGCGGUGCGGCGGCAGCGGGCGCGCGGCUGCCGUCAUGCGCGCCGGCGGGCCGGUCUGCGGCGUGGAGUUCGACCCGGAGGGCGGGCCGUGGGUCGCGGCGGGCAGCGCCGACCGGCGCGCGUACGUGUUCGACGCGCGGGCGGGCGCGGCGGGGCCGGUGGCGACUCUCGGCGGCCACGAGCGGGCGGUGACGUACGCGCGGUUCGCGCAGGGCUGGCGCCGCCUGGUCACCUCGGGCACCGACGGCACGCACCGACUGUGGGAAUGGGAGCAGGGGAGGCAGGUGCGGGCGUACCGCGGUCACUCCAACGCCCGGAGCUUCGUCGGCAUGUCGGUGUGGCGCGGCGCCGGCCUCAUCGGAAGCGGCUCGGAGAGCGAAGAGGUUUUCGUCUACGACCUCCGCUGGGAAGACCCGAUUUGGGUGCAGGGAUUUCGGCGGCGGAGGCACGAAAGCGGAAGCUCCGGGAAUGGGUUCGUAGGGGCGGUGAGCUGGAUGCAGCUACCGUCGGACGGUGAACCCGGCGCGCUCGCCGCCGGAGCGUCGGAUGGAACCUUGCAAGUGUUUGUCACGAUGAAGAUAUCAAAUUCUUACUGAUCGAUCGAUUUUUUUUUUUUUUAAUCUUUUGUGUUCUUCAUUACAAUCAAGUAAAAGGUGAUUUCUUUCC